AUGAACUGGGCAUCUUUUUAUGCCAUUAUAAGCGGCGUAAACAGGCAUUCAACAGGCAUUGGUCGUAUCUGGUUGUCUGUCAUCUUCAUCUUUCGCAUCCUGGUUCUUGUUGUGGCUGCUGAGAGUGUGUGGGGUGAUGAGAAAUCUGGCUUCACUUGCAACACCCAGCAGCCUGGCUGCAACAGUGUGUGCUAUGACCAAUUCUUCCCCAUCUCCCACAUCCGCCUCUGGGCCCUGCAGCUCAUCUUAGUGUCCACACCUGCACUGCUGGUUGCCAUGCAUGUUGCGCAUCGUCGGCACAUUGACAAAAAGAUCCUCAAAAUAUCUGGCCGGGGAGGUCCCAAGGAUUUGGAACAAAUCAAAAACCAGAAAUUCAAGAUUACAGGGGCACUCUGGUGGACCUAUAUGAUUAGCAUCAUCUUCCGCAUCAUUUUUGAAAUGGCCUUCUUGUAUAUUUUCUAUUUGAUCUACCCUGGCUUUAAGAUGGUACGUCUUGUGAAGUGUAAUUCCUACCCAUGCCCAAACACCGUUGACUGCUUUGUGUCUCGCCCGACGGAAAAGACCAUCUUCACAAUCUUCAUGCUGGUAGUGUCUGGAGUUUGCAUCCUGCUGAAUGUUGCAGAGGUACUGUACCUAAUAGGCAAGGCUUGUUUCAGAUACUUUCAGAGGCCGGAAGGGGAGCCCAAAGGUGCUUGGAUUUCUCAGAAACUGUCCUCUUACAAGCAGAAUGAAAUUAAUCAACUCAUCUCAGAGCAUUCGUUCAGGCCCAAAUUCAAUGUGGGCCGCAAAAACCCUGUUGAUAAGGGGGAAAGAUGUUCUGCUUGCUAG